UGUCGAGAUUCGUGGGGAAGGGUUUUCCUAUCGGACUCGGUUGCUGCUUACAUUUUUCUGAACAGGAACUACAGUGCAGCAGGUGGAGGGAUGAGUCUCUCCCCUGUGAUUGGCACAGAAGUGCCAGAAACAGCUAACGGGGUUGUGACACCCAUCCCUUCAGAGAACGGCCCUCACAUUCCUGUCUCUGUGAAAUAUGGGGGGAGCAGAGUGCCCUGUCAUAGGGAGACAUCAGAGGAGAGAGCCCUUGGAUACACGGAGAACCACGUAGAUGUGGAAAACCGAGUUUAUGAUGGCGAAGGCCGCUUGGACACAGAGACGUGCAAUAAUGGGAGCACAUCUAGUUUAUCGUUACACAACUCUCAUGUGACAGACCCCUCCCUUCCUGCUGCCACAUGCACCGGAGACUCAGAAGACACAGAAUCAGGCUCCAGAGACACAGACAUUUAUGAGGCCUCUAACACAGUUGAGCCUCCUGGUGCAGCUCUGCUUUGGCACCCAGCACAGCAAGCACACUCCAAAGAGUCAUCUCAGCGAGGAGGCCCUGCCACUACAGACAGGCAGCAGACCGAAUCAGAGACUGCAGAUGGAGACGCUGACAGCCGAGACGACGAGGAGGAAGAUGGAGAGAAGGAGAAACAGGAUGAGGAGGACGAUGAGAAAAAGGAAAAAAAGUGGAUUAAACAGCGUGCAGGAGGGAGAACAGAGUCUUCACGACACUACUCCUCCUCAGCUCCUGGUCCCAGCACCUCGUCCUCUUCCUCUCCUCCACCUCCACUUCUUCCCUCCGAGGACAUCACCUGCCCCCCCCCCGUCAUGGCCCAGGUCUGGGUACGCAACGUCCGGGGGAUGCAGGACAGCAAGAGCCUGGAUGAAAUCAGCCAAGCGUGUGGAGGUGGUUCAGGGGCCCGGGGAGGGGGCAGAGGUGGCCAGUCAGAGGGCAGACGGGCCACGAUCUCCUCGGCUCUGGAGCUAGAGGGGACGGUCAGCCAAGAAGGUGACCUGACUCACUUCAUCACCAAGAACCUGGAGCAGAAAAUUAAGAUGAGCUCCAAGCCCAGUCUGGACUGCAGUGACUCGGACUGUUCAGGUCCCAUCUACAGAAGCCGGGGGUUGUCACGGAGACCAGCGGACAUCCCUCCCAUUGAUCCUGCUGUUCUAUUGGAUCUUCAGAGACACACCCAGGACGUGGCGCACAGUGUGGAGAUGAUGAUGCGGAGCCUCAAUGGAACCAUCCAGAAUAUGACCGCUCUGAGUGUGGGCUACAUCCAGACCUACAGAGACUCAGUGGACAGCCUGGGAGAGUCUGUGGACAUGAGUAUAAAGGGCAUGUACACACUGAUGGCUCGCUGCGAGGAGUUAGAUCGUUCCAUGCAGCCCAUACACACCCUGGCUGCACAGAUCCGUGACAUCAAACGCACCCUGGACGCUCUGGAGACGAUCUGCAAGUAAACCCCACCUCCAACAUCGAGCACAUCCUGAACGAGGCCGUCUGCAAGCCAACCCACCUUUCUGCAGGUAGCACACACACUGCAGCGAAGAUUAAGUGCACCUCUGGAUUCCUGGAACCAUUGCUACUAGGCAUGCUGGAUGAUUGGCGCUCAUAGUCCCUCCGCUUGUUCAUCAUUUGAAGAUGACCAUGUUUGUUUUAUGAGAGUUCAACUGAAUUGUGCUUGAUUUGCUCUCGGGGCUGACCUUUCUCAUCUUUUUUUUUUUUAAAGCAACCUAACUUUCUAUAAUGAAGUUGUCGUGAAACAAAAUCUCACAAAUUAACCAGUUUUGGAGACACUUGGUCAAGUGCCACACAAACACAUGAGCACACACAUGAAAACAGAUCCUUGAUGAUGUGUGUGGGAAGAUACCCUCUUUUUCAGCUUUACAGUCUGCGGAGGCAUAGUGUGUCAUUAUCCGUCCAGCCUGCUUUGUUCAGAUUGCACUAACCUUUCCUCCCCACAUGGGGGCGAUGUUUCUCUCUCUGGCUCUCUUUUUGCUGAUGAAGAGGCCGGUAUGAACUGCUCAGAAGAAAGUGACUUUUGCACAGGAACAGAAAGUCUAUUUUUUAAUCUUAUGCAACAAAGAUCAGAUUCUUUCACUGCAAGCAAAAUGAGGGGAGGGGAGCAGCGUGUCUGCCUGUCUUGUCUUUUUUAAUGUUUAUUUAUUUAGUUUUCUCGUCAUGCUUGCUUUUCCAACACUGCUACUCUUUUUUCCCCACUGGUGGCCACUAAACAGCCCCACUGGAGCAUUUGGAGAUUAAGCUCAAAUGUUGCAUUGUCUACACUCAAGAGGCACUGUCAGAGUUAAUGGAAGUGUUUUACCUUUUCUACUCAGAUUCUCUCAGACUGUUAAUCAAUUAACUGGCAACCUUUAAAUCACAGGUCUGCUUCUCUAAUUUAAAGCUACUACUAGCCACGUGCCCUAAAACCUCACCUUCCUCCUCUGAGUCAAUGCAAUCCAAGAUGUUUUGGAGCACAUAACUAUACAAUAAAAUAUAUUGUGUAGCCUUCACAGUGGCUUUAAAUAUUUGAAAAGCUUUAGGUCCUGAUUUGACUUUUAAAUGUCAUCAAAAGUAAAAACACUCCAUGCAAGACUGAUACAUUUAGCCAACCUAAAACAUUUUCUCAAGUCAUUGAAAAUCUAAUUUAAUUUCCAGGCAUCCGAGUAGCUAACAGACUGCUCAGUGUCAUUAAUUGGGUUGUGUAAUUUCAGUUUUGAUUCAACCAAUUUAAAGAAAUGGUCUAUGUAUUAGAAUAGCUCAGUUGCAAAACACAUUUUGAAUCCAUUUACAGUAAUCGCAGCCAAUGUUCAACCAUAACAAUACA